AACGUUACAUGCAAAAGUGAUUACUCAAGCAACUAGUGAGAAAUAUCAGAAAAUUAAAUCAAUUAUUGUUGAAAGUCCUCUCCAAAAAUGUGCGGCAUCUUUGCUAUUUUUUCGCCGGAUGGCCAGCCCAUAGAGCCACAACCCCACUUGGGGAGCAAACACAGUCUGAGAGAGUUGGCUUACAGGCAGAGUGGAAAGCAGCGGCAUCGCGGACCCGAUGACACAGGCGUGGCCGUAAUUGACGCUAAAGGCGUUGCACUGGUGCAUGAACGACUCUCAGUCAUAGGCGUGGAGACGGGUCAUCAGCCGCUCUACUCCCAGGAUGGUCAAGUUGUGCUCAUAGCCAAUGGUGAGAUAUAUAAUUAUCUGGAACUGGCGGCUGAAAUUGCCAAUCAACGACCCAAUUAUAAGCCCAAAAGUGACUCAAAUGUGAUCAUUGAGCUUUAUGAGCAACAUGGUGUGGAUCUUUUACAGAAAAUUACUGGAAUGUUUAGCUUCGUGCUCUACGAUCAGCGGAAGGGUCAGGUUUUGGUGGCCCGCGAUCCCUUUGGCAUUAUACCGCUGUAUAUGGGACAGGAUGCUAAGGGCAAUAUUUGGUUUGCAUCCGAAAUGAAAUGCCUUGUGGAGUUUUGCAAGCAAUUGAAAAUCUUUCCACCUGGACACUUUGCAGCCGGCAGUGUGCAGGAGCUCGAGCCUCGACGCUACUUCAAUCCUAACUGGUUGCUUGACACGCCCACACAGCCCGUGCAGUUUAAUGGGCUACGAGAGAAAUUGGAGUCAGCCGUUCGAUCACACCUGCAAUGUGAUGUUCCCUUUGGUGCCUUGCUCUCGGGUGGCGUAGAUUCUAGCCUGAUUGCAGCCAUAGCCACCCGGAUAAUGCGUGAGCGUGAUCCUGCGUAUAAGUUGCGUACCUUUUCUGUGGGCAUGCAUGGCUCUCCGGACUUUAAGCACGCCCGUAUGGUUGCCCAACACAUUGGCAGCGAGCACACUGAGGUUGCCUUCGCCGUCGACGAUUGUCUGGAUGGUGUGAGGGAUUUGAUCUAUCAUCUGGAAUCCUACGACAUUGCCACCGUGCGAUGCAGUCUGCCUAUGUUCUAUCUUGCGCGGUAUGUGAAGAGCACGGGCAUCAAGAUGAUACUCUCGGGCGAGGGUGCGGAUGAGAUCUUUGGCGGUUAUCUCUACUUCCACAAUGCGCCAAACUAUGAGGAAUUUCAUCGCGAGAUGGUCACACGUUGUGAGCAGCUACAUGUCUCUGAUAUUCUGCGCGCCAACAAGGUGACCAUGUCGAAGGGUCUGGAGUUGAGGGUGCCGUUUCUGGACACUUCUCUCGUCAACUACGUCAUGAACAUUCGACCGCAGGACAAAAUUCCUGGACCACUAAAUGAGUUUGAGGGUAAGCGAUCCAAACGCAUCGAGAAGUUUAUCCUGCGUAGUGCUUUCGCCAAUGACUACCUGCCUGAUGCUGUGCUUUGGCGUCAAAAGGAGCAGUUUUCGGAUGGCGUGGGCUAUGAUUUAAUUGAUGCAUUGCCACAAUUUGUGGCACGUCAUGUUAGCGAUGCACAAAUAACAGAGGCUGCUAAACGCUUCCCCAUCAACCCGCCCAAGACUAAGGAGGCAUACUAUUACCGCACUAUCUUUGAAGAACAAUACCCGGGUGAGGCAGCUGCACUCACUGUGGAGAAAUGGGCGCCACGCUUAGACUGGGGCUGUCCUGAGGAUCCUUCCGGUAGAGCACAGUCCGCGCAUGAAAAGAACUAUGGAAAAUGUUAGGUAAAAGAAAUGAUGGAAGCAUGUAACAGAGUUUUCAUUUAAGGAAGAUUGAAGAUAAUAAAAUAUCCUAUUUUCUUUCUAAAAUGUCCUAAUGAUCUGUGGGCGAAUUUAAUUACAAAAUGCACAGAAUGACUCUUUUAUGUACAAUUUCUUAUUUUUCAAAACUUACCACAUUAUAAUCCUUCUAUCUUAAGAU